AUGAGGAUUGGAGAUUCUAGUAGCGAGCAGUCAGAUGCUAUGGCCGGUAUGCCUCCAAUGACUCAACGUUUUGUGCAUCCUGAUGUAUCACCCUCGUCUACAACUAUACCUAGUGCUACACCAGAUGAUACGAUGCCUGCUCUAGCUCCUGGCCAGAAGGACAAACUUGGUAGAGUCAUGAUUGAGCUGGAUGGAUCAUCGUGGAAUCCUGCAAAGGAUGCUGCCCGGACUUUAAAAGACUGUGUUAGAAGAGUCUAUACACAAGCUUAUUACUCUUGGAGCGAGAUUCCAAACAGUAUACGCCAGACGAUGUUUAAUAACUUUAAGCUAAAGAAAGUUCGGGAUAGUGGUGAACGUCCUGGUUGGAUGUUGCCUCAUGUUUUUGAUGAAUGGGGUCAGUAUUGGAACACAGACAAGUUUAAGGCAAUAUCAGAUCAAGCCAAAAAGGCUAGAUGCAGUCUUAAAUGUGGCUUGUUUCACACCGAAGGUGCAAAGACGGUUGAAACAAUUGCACGAGAGAUGAUGGGUAGCAGAAACUGCCAGUUCUGCUGUCAAAAAUAG